UUGCCACAUCCAACAUGGCGGCGACGUUGACGUAUCGCAGCAGCGGGUAAACCCACUCGAUGCGGCGUCUACGUAUAUAUGUCUAUGGGCAAGGCAAGCGCACGUAAGAAUAAUGAGAAGGACUCUGAACGUAGGGUCAUUGCCCUGGCUGAAAACUCAGGAUGGCUCCACUGAAGUUGUGUGCGAAUAUUUCGUGGCUGUUCACGGAGCUCCCAGACUUCAGUCAGAGAAUAUACGCGGCUGCCUCGGCUGGCUUUCAGGCGGUGGAGGCAGCCUGGCUCUACGACUCAGACCUGCAGGAGCUUCAGAGAGCCAGAGAGGCUACAGGAGUGGAGGAAAUAUUAAGAAGGGUGAACUUGGUCUCGGAGCAGUUCCAGGCAGAGAGGCAGAGUUCAGACAGGGUCUGGAUCAGGCUCUGAAGUAUGCCAGAGCUUUGAACUGUACAAGGAUCCACCUGAUGGCAGGGAGGGUUCCUGGGGACUCACACAGAACAGUGGUUGCCAAGGAGAUGGAAUCCAUCUUUGUGCAGAAUCUAAACUAUGCUGCUGAUAUCCUAUCAAAGGAAGGAAUCACUGGUUUGAUUGAACCAAUCAACACAAGGAUUACAGAUCCCAGGUAUUUUCUGGACUCCCCUCAUCAGGCUGCCGCAAUACUAGAGAAGGUUGGAAAGCCAAAUAUAAAGCUGCAAAUGGAUGUCUUUCAUUGGCAAAUAAUGGAUGGAAACCUGACACAAAACAUACACAAGUAUUUUCCCAUAAUUGGUCAUGUUCAGAUCGCACAGGUUCCAGGCAGGAAUGAGCCUGACAGUGCCGGAGAGCUCAACUACAGCUACCUGUUCAGCAUGCUGGAAAACCUUGACUACCAGGGAUACAUAGGCUGUGAAUACAAGCCGCUAUGCUCCACAAAGGAGGGUCUGGGUUGGAUCAAAGAUUACUGCACACACAGCAGGUGGUGAGCACAGCUGUCUAGUCACAAAGUUGAAUUCCAGUGGCCAAUCACACCCAUGCAAUUUAAAUCCAAGUAUGUGCUAUGAUGUAGGGACCUGUCAUACUGAAUAUUUCAGUGUUUAAAUGACAAAUUCCAAUCUAAAUGCCAUGAUUAAAUGACCAGUGAUCCUA